AGUCACGGAACAAAAUUGGAGCGAGCGGCAUUUUUUAAGGAUUCACUGACUUAGAUAUUAUGUUCAACUUUGAUUUUAAACAGUUUCUUAACCUUUGGUUAUUAGCGUUUGCGAAUUGCACUUCUCACUAGCUGUUUUGAAACUGAAUGCUGCUCGAGCGCUUCCUCUAUUUAUACGGGACAGAGCGAGGUAUGAGUUCAUUCGGUGCGUCGGUCACUGCAGCACAACGUGAAGCUUCUAGCACUUUCAUGAUGCCAAAAUGAUAAACAAAAUAAAGAGCACGCAGGGAAUAUUCUAGCAUCUUCCUGAUAACUCCACAAUGAACAUCACGACGCUUCAAAUGAACUCAUGCACACAGCAUUCUCUCAUAUAAAAAGGGGCAGUUCUCGCAAACAGUAUUCAUUCCCAAUUGAAUAGCAGCAAGUGAGAAGUGUUACUAGCGAGCGUUAUCAUUCUGUGUUACAAAGUGUUUAAAUCUCAAACAAGCCAAAUAAAAAAGUGAAUAACGAUAAACCAUGUCAGCCGUUCCAAUUCUAUUCCGUGACUGGUGGGAUACACCACUUCGAACAUCCCGGUUAAUGGAUCGACAUUUUGAAAGUGGUCUCACAGCCGAUGAUCUGCUAACGGCCCUUACCUCAGCGGCAGCAGCAUGUUCGGCACUUCAACAGACUCGUCCACGAGCUGCGUGCCCUGCCACACGACAUAAUUCCGGAUCAACGAUCAAUAUGGGUGGUGAUAAGUUCCAGAUAAAUUUAGAUGUGCAGCAGUUUUCUCCAAAUGAAAUUUACGUUAAGGCAACUGACAACAGUAUUCUAGUAGAAGGCAAGCACGAGGAAAAACAGGACGAACACGGUUUUAUUUCGAGGCACUUCGUACGACGCUACGUGUUGCCUGCUGGCCAUGACCCCGAGGCAAUUGUGUCUUCACUUUCGUCGGAUGGAAUUCUAACCAUCACUGCUCCGAAAAAAGCUUUACCAGAACCAGACGGAACCAGAACGAUUCCCAUAACUCAGACCGGCCAACCGAUGAGAAUAACUAAUAAGCCGGAAGUGAAACCAGCUGAGAAGUCAAAUGAAAAUAAGAAAUAAUUUAAUGUUAUGUCAUAAAAAUUAACAGAUGUUUCAUUACCUCGCAUAAAAUAAAGAUAAAACCUUAUUGUUAAC